AUGUCCCUCCUAUACCUCGCUGUGGAGACGUUCGAGGAGUUCGAGGAGCUGGCAGGAGACGACUAUCCGUACGGCAUGCUUGUCAUCGUGAUGGGUAUUUACCUGACGUGGGUGUGCGACCUCAUCGUCAAGUCUGUGUGGAUAAAGCGCACGGGCUCUCUCGAUGAUAACGAGGACGAACUGGGACCCACCAUUGCUGGCGCAAUGGGAGUUGGAGAGAAGAAGGUGGUUGAUGCAGAUGCUGAGACUGCUGUUGUCAAGGUUGACAUUCAGGCUCUCACCAUUGUCGAUGUCAUCCUCGUGCUCUUCGGCCUCUGCUUCCAUGCUUUCUUUGAGGGCAUUGCUGUCGGACUUGCACAGACUGUCUCCAAAGUCUGGUCCAUGACUGCACAAAUCGGUGUGAAUGAGGACACACGCCGCAGUGGUCUCAACCACUUCUAUUAUGCCUUAGGGGCUUCCCUUGUUGCUCCUACUGGCAUUGCUAUUGGCCUGGCUCUUGACUCCGCCAGCGGCAAGGUGGCAAGGGAGUGGAUCAAGGGUUUCGGAAAUGGCAUGGCUGCUGGUGUCUUCAUCUUUAUCGCUCUUGGCCAUCUUCUCGCCAAGGGAAUGAAGCCAGGACCCAAUGACGCCGGGUGGUUGGUUUUUGCCAAGUGGUUUGUUGCAGGCCUUGGUGUGAUGACCAAUGCACUGCUUCAGCUGUGGCACUAA